CAGUAGGAGGUGUGCCGUGUGCACGAUAGUUGCAGCAGCGCGAAGUUACUCUGCGUUGUAUCAUUGAACAGUUCGUAUAAUUUAAAGGCCCAAGUGUUGAAAUGUAGGUGCUGCGAGUUGCGAAAUCCUUCAUGAUGCGUCAUGUAUCGUGCAGUUUGAGAAUUACGGCCUGACUUCGGGUAAAUCAGCGUUUCGUUAGUUUACACAGCAGCGACUUGCAUCUGUUCUCAAGAACUCUGAAAUGGAAGAGCAAGAAGGUCGUAUGGCUGUUGAUUCAGAUGAGCCUAUGUCCAAUGACGAAAACAACAUUAUUAUAAACGAAGUGGAUGGACUUCCGAACGUCCACCCAAACUACACGGAAUUAGAGUUGAACUGCGACAUGAGACAUCAAAAUCCAGAUGGUGAGCGGUCGUUGGAGGACCUCAUUCACGACGAAGAUCUGCCAACCUCCUUGAUUGUCACUAAUUUGGAGAGCUCACUCUUCAAAAACGACGAGAGAAAAAAAGAAUUAGAAAACCUGUUCCGUCAGUUUGGGGAGCCAAUUUCAUUUCAGUAUUUUCGAAGCUUCCGAAGACUGAGGGUAAAUUAUAACUGUCCUGCAGCUGCUGCAAAGGCCAGAAUACAGUUGCACCAGACACAGUUUGGAGAAACUGUCAUAAACUGUUAUUUUGCCCAGCCUGUUUCACCCAUUGGCUUUGAAGAUCAGCACUUACAACCACCAGCUCCUGUAAAGCAGUUUCUCAUAUCUCCUCCUGCAUCUCCACCUGUUGGAUGGGUUCCAAGGGAUGAGGGUGAACCACUUGUUAACUAUGAUCUGCUCGCUGCGAUAGCUAAUCUCACUCCAGGUGAAACACAUGAAUUGCAUCCUCCAUCAGGAGACCAACCAGGAAUUGUUGUCCACAUCUGUGAGGAGUCAGAUUCUGGAACUCAGCAGCCAAAAGGUCGAAUAGUGCAGACACGAUGUCCAGAACACAAGUGAAUAACUGAGUAGAAGGCUGUAAAAAUUUAAUUCUAAUGAAUGUUGCAUGUUUUAAUUGAUAUUGCAUGACAUGACUACUGAUUUUAAGAUAAAAUUAUAAGUGUGAUUCAUUGUACAUAUUUGUGUUUCUGAUACUUUGAACUGUAUGUUGUAUUGUAAAAUGGUAAAUGUAUUUGAAAGAACUGGAAGUCAUACUAUGCAGAACAAGUAUUGACAGCCUGAAUUGUACAGUUCUACAAGUUACUUUAUAAUUACAUCUUUGUGAAUGUAGGAUAACAGGCUUGAUGCAUAGGUGCACCUUCCUAAACUAGUCCAAAUCUCUAAUUCACCUAAGAAGUUUCAUAGUCUGUGUAUUUAUUUUUGGGAAUAGCAUGCUUAACUUAAUUGAAAAUGUAAGAAUCGGUGCGUACAUAUGUUUUUGUAAAUAUAUUCACAUAUAUACACAUUUCAGCAUGGGAAUACCCUGUUCCCCAGUAAACUGUCAAUGGAUAUCAAUAUGUGUGGCACAGAAUUUUUUGAUUGUACUGAGCUUUGCUACCUAUCUCAGUGAUUUAAAUUGUCAGUUCAUAAAAGGUGGUAGUUUGGAUAUUGUAAAUGUGUUCUGUGUUGUUAGUUUAUACAGAAUAUCAUAAUUAUUAAAUGUUAUGUUGCAGAAGGUAAGCCAGGGUUUCCAUGGGCAUUGAUUAGUUUUUCUUAAAAGUGUCACUACUACCAGUUGUGUUGUUGAGGU